AUGUUUGGGUGCUGCUGGGAGCCAAGCGAGACGCCCCUCGGGUGGGAGCUCCACCGGGGCAACAUGCAACAGCAAAACCUCAUUGUGCUGCUUUCUGCCCUGGUGCUGGCCAGAGGAUCUGCCAGGACUGGAACUGAAAAUGAUGGUUCAGGAGAUGGAUCACCAAUAUUAUUCACCCCUACAGUAACGCCUCUUCCUGCUACGCAUUCUUCAGCUGCAGGUGACCACGAGCCAGUACUUGUCACUGCAAGCACUACUGAAAGCAGUUUUGAAACACAAAGUACCCCAAAUACUGAAUCAAAUACAGUCAACAAUCAGGAGAGCCUAGAAGCUGAAGAUCAGUCUAUCUUGUUAUAUGUUGUCCCUGUCGUGCUGCUGGUCCUGCUGAUUUUGCUGACCAUAUUUUUUAUAUUACAUCAUAAAAGGAAAAAAUCUAAGCAAGAUGAGCUGGGAAGUGAAAAUGUGAAAAGUCCUAUUUUUGAAGAAGACACACCCUCUGUUAUGGAGAUAGAAAUGGAAGAGCUUGAUAAAUGGAUGAACAGUAUGAACAAAAAUGCUGACUGUGAAUGUUUGCCUACUGUAAGAGAAGAGGAAAAAGAAUCAAUUGCCAACCCAAGGUUCCAGGUGGAAGGAAGUGCAAGAAUUUUACCCUCAGCAGCAGGAAAAGAUGCUGGAUUCUCUAGCCAUCUGGGUCUUCCCUUCCAGCUUUUAAAUGAUAACUCAGAGGGGGAAAACUCUUGA